GCGCAAGCAGGCGGCGCCGGCGCCAUGGGGGCUCAGUUCUUGCCACCGACCUGGCAGCUCUAUCUCAAGGACCACCGCGUCUCCACGUUCAAGAACUGGCCCUUCCUGGAGGGCUGCGCCUGCACCCCGGAGCGGAUGGCCGAGGCCGGCUUCAUCCAUUGCCCCACUGACAACGAGCCCGACUUGGCCAAGUGUUUCUUCUGCUUCAAGGAGCUGGAAGGCUGGGAGCCAAGUGACAACCCUUUAGAGGAACAUAAAAAGCAUUCGUCUGGGUGUGCGUUCCUUUCUGUCAAGAAGAAGGUUGAAGAAUUAACCCUUGGUGAAUUUUUGAAACUGGACAAAGAGCGAGCCAAGAACAAAAUUGCAAAGGAAACCAACAGCAAGCAGAAAGAAUUUGAAGAAACUGCCAGGAAAGUCCGGCAAGCUAUGGAGCAGCUGGCUGCCUUAGAGUGAACCUUGCUGUGGUCACCUGGUCCCAGGGUAACACGUCUUUCCCCAGGCCUGGUCCCCCCGUGUUACUGCCUUUCUGUGGAACUCCUAGAAGUACCUUAGGAAAGGAGAAUGCCAAAAUUUUGAAAUUGGACGUUUGGACUGAGUUUUGUUUCUCCUGAAGUGGCAUCAGCGCCUCUCUG